GCUCGCUUUUGUGCUUGUCGCUUUUCUUUCGAUCUAUACCCCGUCAAAAUUCGAAAGGAACCCGUCAAAAGUCUGACGAGCCGCUGCGCGCUGUCGUAUUUCGGGUAACGACGGAAAAUCAGUAUCUUGCAUCAUUAUUGCCCUGGACGUGGAGAAAUGUGGGGAGAAGCAAACCCUAGUACAUACAUCACCGUGACGUGCGAUGGGGAAGUGAGUGCGGCGGAGAGCGCUGGGUGAAGUCAGCACUACCUUGAACUUACCUAGCCAAAUCAUGAGCGGCAACCAAGGGCACGUCAAACGGGGCGGAAACAACCGUGAAGGCGCCUACGGCGAAAACGAGCCCACGCUCGCUGUCGAGCGGGAGGAUCCCGAGCUCAUCGCCUCGUUCGACAAAGAGGUGCAGGACGAAGCGCAAACGGGGGAGCACCCGAACGACUUUGGUACUGGGGCGAAAUUUGGAUUUGCCAGUGAGAAUUAUCCCCACGAGAAGCAGCACGAUAUUUCCUCGAAAGGCGGUAAAAGUUCUGGACCAUCCAGGACCAAGGCUGAGCCCGCGCCACAUGAGAACCUUCGCGGGAUCGUCGAAUGAAGCCGAUGUGAUUAGAUGCGUCAUUCUCCCGAUGUCUGUGUAAAAACGGGGAUGUGAAGCUCGUCGUCGCGUAUCUUUUUUUUUCGAGUCCUUUUGUACCCAAGAUUGUAUAUCUUUUUGGAAUUUACUAUUCCCCGAAUAAGAAAACUUGAGACUUAC